GUCAAGUCAGUCCGCUGGAUCGCAAACAUCACUCCGACAAAAACAAACUUUUGAAGGGCAACCACUUGCCGCUUAUUCGUACAGUUAUAAGAAGAGUCACUGUGUCCCACUUUUUGUGUUCGAAGACAACUUGUCAUCUUUAAGUUCAGCAGUGAGGCUUGUUCUGCUGUGAAUUCUCGGGGGACAGUUUUGGAGUCGAGGGCCCACUCGGUCCAGUGUGGUCCAGUGUCAUUAAGAAGUAGAACAGAAGCAACAGGAAGCAAGCUGGAAGGAGGGGAGGUGAGAGAGGACGAAGGCGCCGCCUUCGUCCUGAGACACAGAGUUUGCUCCAGCAACAAUACCGACCCCACCCACACAUCCACCUCAGACAGCCAGGACACCAUGAGUCCCGGCACAGACCACAGAUCAGACGGCCCCUCACAGAACGGGUGCCUUACUGUGAGGAGGGCAGUACAUGAAGACAGGGAGGAAACAACAGACGGAGAAGAGGAGGAGGAGGAGGAGGAGGAGGAGGAGGAGGAGGAGAAGAAGAGGGGCUCUGAUGAAGGCCUUCUGCUGCAGGCGCACCAUGCCAUGGAGAGGAUGGAGGAGUUUGUGCACAAGAUGUGGGAGGGCAGAUGGCGUGUAAUUCCUCACGACGUCCUUCCUGAUUGGCUGAAGGAUAAUGACUUCCUGUUGCACGGGCACCGGCCGCCCAUGCCCUCAUUCAGAGCGUGCUUCAAGAGUAUCUUCAGAAUCCAUACAGAAACGGGCAACAUUUGGACCCAUCUUCUGGGCUGCCUGUUCUUUCUCUGUCUGGGCAUUGUGUACAUGUUCAGACCCAAUAUGUCAUUUGUGGCACCAUUCCAGGAGAAGAUCGUCAUCGGCAUGUUCUUCUUGGGGGCGAUCCUCUGCCUGUCCUUCUCCUGGCUCUUCCACACGGUGUACUGCCACUCGGAGGGGGUGUCCCGCGUAUUCUCAAAGUUGGACUAUUCAGGCAUUGCAUUCCUGAUCAUGGGCAGUUUCGUUCCAUGGCUGUACUACUCUUUCUACUGCUCCCCUCAGCCCUGUUUCAUCUACCUGUUUGUGGUGUGUAUACUGGGCAUAGCCGCCAUCACUGUAUCACAGUGCGAUUUCUUUGCCACGCCACAGUACCGUGGAGUUAGAGCCGGUGUGUUUGUAGGUCUGGGCCUCAGUGGAGUCAUCCCUACGCUGCACUUUAUGAUCACAGAGGGCUUCCUGAAGGCCACCACCAUGGGCCAGAUGGGCUGGCUCUUCCUCAUGGCUGUCUUGUACAUCACCGGAGCCUGCCUUUACGCAGCACGCAUCCCUGAGAGAUUCUUCCCUGGCAAGUGUGACAUCUGGUUCCACUCCCACCAGCUGUUCCAUAUCUUGGUGGUGGCAGGUGCAUUUGUACACUUUCAUGGUGUGUCCAAUCUGCAGGAGUUCCGCUAUACAGCUGGCGGAGGCUGUGCAGAGGACGGUGCUGUGUGAGCCCUGUGCCCUGCGGUGCUGACACGCACCACUAGAGGGAGACAAAGUACCAUUGCCGCCAGUAACCGCUCUGUCCCUCCUACCCAUGAGGGGUAAACCAAUGAGGACAAAACUGACAGACAAAGUCACCCACCCUUGCUUUUUUUAUUUUUCUCUCUCCAUUUCCCUUUUGUUCUCUGUUUUGCCCUUAAAAUAAAAUACUUCAUGGGAUAAGAUGGACAUAUGUUGAGGAUGGCAAUUUGAGUUUUCUAAGAUCAUAAACUUAUGAGACAGUUUGGUCUGUUGCUGUUUGUUUUUUUGUUUUUUGUUUUCUUUGUAAAAGAAAAAAAAAACAUUGAAAAGACAGAACUUGUGUGAACGUUUCUUGGUGAACUUUUUUUAUGUAAAUAAGAUUUCUAAAUUUGGAUUAUAUAGAUUUGUACGAAAUAAAGUUAUAAUUUUUUUUUUUAAAUAAAGAAAUAUAUCAUUAUAUUGUUUAAUAGAGGUUAAAAAAAAACAAAUAAAGAGAGAACAGUAAAAUAGCAGAAGUGUCACAGCCAGGAGGAGAAAUGCUGUGCGGAAACCUUUAAGACAAAGAAGAUGAUCGGCAGAGUAAACCAAUUGUACAAGAGCCACAAUGUUUAUGUGGACUUGGUGAGGGUGACGUCACCAAACCUGGUUUCUGAAUUGGUCAACCAGAUGGCUAAGUUUGCUGUUGUCCUAAGCACAGCUGUGAGAGCUGAAAGUAUACCUGUAGGAUUGAAAAGCCAUACGCCUGAUGGAGCCACCCAGGGCCUAAACAUGGGUCAGAACACAGCACUAACUUACCCCACAGGCCUUCAUAUCUCUGUCAGGGCGGUUUCCUUUCCAUGCAGAAGGAUGAUUUUCUCUCUCUCUCUCUCUCUCUCUCUCUCUCUCUCUCGUUCUUGUUUUGGAUGUGAAAAAAAAAAAAACAUUGUGAAAUACUUGCCAUUUUCAAGUUCAAAGAAUCAUGCUUGGACAGUGCAAGGAUGCAUUCAUUGUAUAACAUUCUGUACGUCACCAUCUGUACAUGAUCUAAUUUAUUAAAGAGUUUUCAUGGAAACAUUAUAA